AUGGUUGCUUGGGGUGACUUUUUCUUGACGGAGAGAAAAUUGGACGGAGAAAUCUUUUGCGGCGGACUUAUCAGAACGCUCGGACCACCCGAUAAGAAACACUCCCCCCAAGGGCAACUGCGCAACACUUUCCUUGAGACUCGUGUUGGACGCCCGUCAGUCGGGAGUUUUGAAGAAAUAAGGCUGUUUAUUUGGGAUCUAUAUUCCUCAAUGAUCCCUGGAAUACGCCCCGUACCCAGUCGCUUAUCUGGGAGGCAUGUGGCGCUGGGACUUCGUGCCCAGCGCUGCCAGCUUCAUCAUGCAAUUGCAGCCGCUAACAGGCUACAGCACGAUGGGCGGACUCGAGUAUCCAACUUUUGGAUUCCCACCGGCGGUAUUUCCAAGAAACCCGUCAGUGGAGAGAAGGAAGAUGCGAAUGACCUCUUGAUUAGGGGAGGAUUCUUACGCCAGGCUUAUUCUGGAGUAUUUCACCUCCUACCUCUUGGCUUGCGAGUCCAGGACAAGCUUGAGAGUCUCAUCGACAAGCAUAUGCGCUCUCUUGGCGCAUCAAAAGUUUCGCUUUCCUCAAUCUCUUCCCAGGAGCUCUGGGAGCAAACUGGUCGAUUGACCGCAGGCUCCGACGAGGUAUUCCGAUUCGAAGAUCGAAAAGGCGCUCGUUUUAUUCUUGCUCCGACUCACGAGGAAGAGAUCACUACUCUGGUUGGUAAUUUAACGACAUCCUAUAAGAGCCUUCCUCUGCGAGUGUACCAAAUAACGAGGAAAUAUCGCGACGAAGCCCGACCGAGGCAAGGUCUUCUCCGCGGUCGUGAGUUUGUCAUGAAGGACCUCUACACAUUCGACUACAAUGUGGAACAGGCCCUCAAGACGUAUAACGCUGUGAAACAUGCCUAUACACAGCUAUUUGACGAAUUAAAGAUUCCAUACCUUGUCGCGGCAGCAGACUCGGGAAAUAUGGGUGGCAAUCUCAGCCACGAGUUCCACUUCAUCAGUGCCAAGGGUGAAGACCGCGUGAUUAGCUGCUCAAACUGUGACCAUGUGUACAAUGAAGAGCUUGCAGACGGCAAGAGCCACAGCUUCCCCGAAGAAUCAGGGAAGGCUGGCGUGCCUGGUUUCCAGACCGAGGAGGGCGUCUCUCUUGAAGGAGGCUCAACAGUCUCAACCGGUAUGUGGAUGGCCAUUUCGCAUGAUGGGCAUACUCUUCUCCGGGGCUGGUUCCCCAAAUUCUCGAUGCAGAAUAGUUCCACGGAACCGGAGGAGCGUCACGUCAACUCCCAUGCUGCCAAAGCAGUUGCAACGGCAGCAGGUGUCGACCUUGACCUCAGUGUGGAGAAUCCAUUGGAGAAGUGGGUGGCCCGUGUCAAGUCUCGCAAAUCGUCGGACAAGCCGCGUGUCCUAGACUUGUAUGACUCGCAAGUGCCGCCCCCGCUCAGUGAUCUGCUCCAACAGUCUGGCUGCACCGCUGCAGACAUCGAAUACACCAUGCUGGACCGUUUCCCUGGGACCUCGAACAAGCUUAGCCUCGUCCGAGUCCACGACGGAGACCGGUGCUCGCAGUGCGAGGAGGGAAUCUUGACUAGUAAUCCUGCUGUCGAGCUCGGUCACACUUUCCACCUCGGCACACGCUACAGCGAAGUGCUCAAUGCCUCUGUGUCUGUCAACUCGGCGGUUCUUGAUGGAUCUGCCGAAUCAGGGGGCAAGUCUGGUAAAGAACUGAUUGUUCCCAUGCAGAUGGGCUGCCACGGAAUUGGAGUUUCACGUAUGAUCUCAGCAGUUGUGAACCGGUUGGCAGAUGACAAGGGAUUGAACUGGCCUUGUGCUAUCGCUCCUUAUGAGGUUGUCGUUGUCCCAGGUAAGGGACUGGACUCGAUGGCUGAACAAGUCUAUGAUAGCCUCACUUCAGGCAAUUCGAAACCUGUGGACACCCUUUUGGAUGACCGUGAUAAGGGCAUGGGCUGGAAACUGGGUGAUGCUGACCUGAUCGGCUACCCCGUUAUUGUGGUAGUUGGCAAUGGCUGGAAGAAGAACCAGACCCUGGAGGUACAGUGCCGCCGUCUAGGUGUCAAAGAAGACGUUUCUCUUGAGACACUUCCCACGUUUGUUCAGAAUCUGCUUUCCCAGCUAUGA